GAGCAACAGGGUGCCUUCGGUGUGCACGAUGUUGCUUGUGCCUUUUUCCCUCAACUUUUUUUUUUCUCUCUCACCGCCCAGGCUGCCUUGUGUUAUUUAGGCAAAGAGAAAAAGGAAGUAGCGACAAGCUAGCUUGGCUAGCCGGUCCGAACCCACACCAUCUUGUGAGGGAAAUAAUGGGCCGGUUUUUAUCUUAGAGACUGCUCCCGUUUCUUUGUUAAAUAUACGCGCCCAGGACAUUUUUUUUCUCGCUCGGUUAAUCCCCCUCCUACCCCAACCCCCCGAGACGCUUACCCGGAUUCAUGAUCUUUCCAAACGGACUAAACCGCUGUUAGCCCCGGUGGUGGAUACUAGUCUGGUCUUCGUCUCACCAGCGGAGAACACGAGCCUUUCUUUUCUUUUUCUUUUUUUUUUUUUAAAUUAUUUGACCACACGGUUGAAUGCAAUCAAGGAUCACGCCGAGACGAUGAGAACAGCACCCGGCACAGGUGCUGCGUGGUGAGAGGGAAGCGGCGGGUGCGGCAUGCUGAGGCCACUCCCCCUGGCCCAGGAUGAGUGUCAGAGAUGGCGCUGCCACCAUGGCAACGAACGCAGGCGGAGGAGGAGGAGGAGGGGGGGGAGGCGGGCCCACUGGCCCUAACAAUCACGAUGGCCGCUCAUACCUGCUCCAGAUCUACCCGCGCUUGGCGGCCCAGUCCACCACCUGCUGCAGCCUCCGAGUGCAGAAGGACGCAACCGCGGCCUCCGUAAUUGCGGACGCUGCCGCGGCCCUCGGGCUGGACCCCGGCCGCAUGUAUGUGCUUGCAGAGGUGAAGGAAUGUGGCGGCGAGGAGUGGGUGCUGGAGGCUGGAGACCUGCCGGCACAGAGGUUUUUGCUGUGGCCUCGGAAAGCCCAGGAGCAACAUCCUCAAAGCCUCGGCUUUUACUUCCUACUACAGGAGAGGAACCACGAUGGCACUAUUUGCUAUGUCCACCUCCCACCUGUGACUAAGGAGCAGGAAGCCCAACUAGCAGCCAGGGGCUUCCUUCCCCCUCCACAGGACGAUUUUGCAGACCUCUGCAACCUCCCCGUCCUCAAUGAGGACAGUAUAUUAAACAACCUGCGCACGCGCUUUUAUAAGAAAAAGAUCUAUACCUAUGCAGGCAGCAUCCUAAUAGCCAUCAACCCCUUCAAGUUCCUUCCCAUCUACAACCCCAAGUACGUCAAGAUGUACGAGAACCACCAGCUGGGAAAACUGGAGCCUCAUAUUUUUGCUAUUGCAGAUGUGGCUUACUACGCCAUGCUCAGGAAGCGGGUCAACCAGUGCAUCGUCAUUUCUGGGGAAAGUGGCUCGGGCAAGACCCAGAGCACCAACUUCCUGAUCCACUGUCUGACUGCGCUCAGCCAGAAGGGCUAUGCCAGUGGCGUGGAAAGGACCAUACUGGGAGCUGGACCGGUUCUGGAGGCCUUUGGGAACGCCAAGACCGCCCACAACAACAACUCAAGCCGCUUUGGCAAAUUCAUUCAGGUGAAUUACCUGGAGACAGGAGUAGUCAGAGGCGCUGUGGUGGAGAAGUAUCUCCUGGAGAAGUCUCGUCUGGUUUCCAGAGAAAAGAACGAGAGGAACUACCAUGUGUUUUACUACCUGCUGUUGGGCGCUUCAGAGGAGGAGAAGAAGGAGUUCAAGCUACUGCCGCCUGAAGACUACUUCUACCUCAAGCAGCAAAACUUUAAGAUAGAAGAUGAGGAAGACCUGCGACAUGACUUUGAAAGGCUGCAGCAGGCAAUGGAGAUGGUCGGCUUCCUUCCUGCCACCAAGAAACAGAUUUUUUUGGUGCUUUCGGCCAUCUUGUAUCUGGGCAACGUGACGUACAGGUGUAAGUCGACGGGCCGAGAUGAGGGGUUGGACGUAGGACCGCCAGAGGUCCUGGCUACGCUGUCUGACCUGCUGAAGGUCAAGGAGGAGCUGCUGGUUGAAGCUCUAACGAAGAGGAAAACUGUGACGGUCAACGACAAGCUGAUCCUCCCGUACAGCCACUCUGAGGCUAUCACAGCAAGAGAUUCCAUGGCCAAAUCUCUGUACAGCGCGUUGUUUGACUGGAUUGUCCUUCGCAUCAAUCACUCACUGCUUAACAAGAAGGAUAUGGAGGAGUCCGUCCCAUGUUUGUCCAUCGGUGUCCUGGACAUUUUCGGGUUUGAGGACUUUGAGACCAACAGCUUUGAGCAGUUCUGUAUCAACUAUGCAAACGAGCAGCUGCAGUAUUACUUCAACAAUCACAUCUUCAACCUGGAGCAGGAGGAGUACCAGGCGGAGGGCAUCACCUGGCACAACAUUGACUACACAGACAAUGUGGGCUGUAUCCAUCUGAUCAGCAAGAAGCCCACUGGCCUGCUUUACCUGCUGGAUGAGGAGAGCAACUUUCCCCAUGCCACAGAUGAGACAUUAUUAGCUAAAUUCAAGCAACAGCACCAGGGAAACAAUUACUUUGUGUCCACACCAGUCAUGGAGCCUGCUUUUGUCAUUCGACACUUUGCUGGGAAAGUCAAAUAUCAAAUCAAGGAUUUCCGGGAGAAGAACACCGACCACAUGCGUCCAGACAUCGUGGCGUUGCUGCGGAGCAGCGACCGCGCUUAUGUGCGGCAACUCAUCGGCAUGGACCCGGUGGCCAUGUUUCGAUGGGGCAUCCUGCGCGCCACCAUCAGAGGCAUUGCUGCUUUUAAUGAAGCUGGCCGCUCCUGGGCCGCCAAAACCUCAGGUGUUGUCCGUCCAAUCUCCAGAACUCCUUUAGGAGAGCUUCAGCGAUCCAAUGCCCCGAUAGACAGAAUGUACAAACGAGCUUCUAUGCUUGAUUUCUACUUUGAUCACUCAGAGGAGCGCCCUCUAGAGGCCUUUGAAGACAUCUUUGCUAGCUAUGAGAGUAAGAAAGACAUGCACGCAGAGAUCAUCAGCUCCAUUAAGAACUUGCCGUUGGAUGGUGAGGACCCUCGCAAGCUGCUGCAGUCCUGGGGUCGCCUCCGCUUCCCUCGACACAUCCUCCAGAAACACAAGCACACCAAACAGAGGCAGGUCAUCCCCAAGAAUUUGCUGGAUUCUCAGUCUCUGAAGUUCAUUGUCAGCCUGACGUUGCAUGAUCGCACCACAAAGUCUCAGCUUCACGUACACAAGAAAAAGAAGAAGCCUCCGAGCAUCAGUGCCCAGUUCCAGACCUCUCUGACCAAACUCUUGGAGACGCUGAACAGAGCAGAGCCUUUCUUCAUCCGUUGCAUCCGCUCCAAUGCUGAGAAGAAGGAGAUGUAUCUGGACGAGGCCUUGGUGGUUCAGCAGCUGCGAUACACAGGAAUGCUGGAAACCGUUCGCAUUAGGAGGUCCGGCUACGGAGCCAAGUACACAUUCCAGGAGUUUAUAGAGCAGUUUAGAGUUUUGCUGCCAAUGAAGGCAGAUGCCUCUAAAGAGGACAUUGCAGCGCUGCUUGAGAAGAAGAUGGGCCUGGACCCCACCACGUACCAGAUAGGGAAAACUAAGGUGUUUCUCAAGGAGCUGGAGCGACAGCAGCUGCAGGACACCCUCCACAAAGAUGUGAUGCAUAAGAUCAUCUUUCUUCAGCGAUGGUUCAGAGGUCGCCUGCAGAGGAAAGAGUUUCUGGACAUGAGACAAGCUGCCAUCUUGAUUCAGCGUUCAUGGCGCAGGUACAUAGAGGAGCGCCGGGGACGGGCAGCCGCUCUGAUCCAGGCUGUGUGGAGGGGGCACAGACAAAGAUCAGAGUACCACCGCCAAAGACAUGGCGCUACCAAAAUACAAGCCCUGGUUAGAGGACAUUCGGCACGCAGAAGGUGCCACUCCCUCCGUGAGGAAAAACAGAGAAAGGAAGAGCAGGAAAAGGCUCAGAAGAGGGCCGAAGAAGAGGAAAGAAGGAAAAGGCAAGAAGAAGAGGAGGAGGCGGCAAGGAGGAGGGCAGACGAGGAGGAGGAAAGGAGAAUGAAGGAAGAAGUAUCAAGGAGAAAGGCAGAAGAGGAGGAGGAGGGGGCGAGGAGGAGAGUGGAGCAAGAAGUGGCCAUCAGGAUAGAGCUGGAAGCACAGAAAAAGAGAGAGGAGGCGGAGAAAAGACUGAGAAAUGAGCCUCAGACAAAAGAGGAUACAGAUUUGGAGCCGGGCACAGAGGAGAUGCUGGACAUCCUUCCUGUCCAGAAGGCAGAGGAGGACAGAGAGGUUAAUACAAGCUCGUAUACAGAGGUGGAGCAGGGCAAGGAUGAUGAGGUGGAGGAUGAAGACGAGGAGUUUGAUUAUGAGACUAACGGUACCCUGCCAGACUCUAGACAGCCCUUUGGUAGGGUCACCUCCAACGCACUAGCGCCCACAUCUCCAGACGAUACCACCGCUGCUUCCGAUGAAAAGAGAGCGCGAGCUCCAGCUAUUAGCAGGGGCCCGUCGGCCAGGAGCCAGGAGAAGAGAGAGCAGAGGAGGCGAAGAGGGCUGGAGCACAACCAGAGGGAGACCGAACGAGCCGCCUCCUCUUCCUCCACCCCAUCCAGCAGCAAGGAUCAAACGUCCCCGCUGAAGAGCGAAAGCCAGGACCCCUCGACGCUAAAAGAGCGAGCAGACAGCAAGGAGCUGGACCAGUACACCUUCGUGGUUAGGAAAGUGAAAGAAGACAAAGGUGGGAAGAAGGAGGCCAAACAGUCUCAUCCUUCUUCCAGUCCUGUUCGUCCCUCUUCGUUACCCCUGCACUCCACUGACGCCUUGUCCGAGAGAAACGGUGUAAACGAGGGCGUCGGAGCAACUAACCUGCAGCGCCGGACUGGGGCGUUUAAGGAGAAACCAGAGAAGUGGAAGGGGAGGAGGAGUAACGGAGAAUACCCAGACAGCUCUUCUCCAACUCGCAACAAGGAGGAAAGGGGGAAAAAGAAGUCGCUGAGUGAAACCGCCUCAGUCGACAGUUUGUAUUCAGCAUUUGAAGUUGCCGGUGCUUUUUCAGCCAAAGAGAUGAUCUCCCCCUCAGAUGUGGAGGGCUCAAAGGGAAGCUCCAUCAGAAGGAAACAACAAGAUGGAUCUGGUCACCAAGACUCUGCACACUUCAUCCCGUCCACACCAGACAAGUCAGGUGGUUUCUUCAGCAAGAUUUUGAAAAAACGUCCGCAUAAGGAGGCCCUGACACCAGACAACGCAGAGCUGACAUUUGCUCAGACUGUCAAUGAGCGGCAAACCGGAGGGGAUGCCCCGACAUCUGCGCAUCUGUCUCGGCCUCUUUCUCAUCGACAUGGCGAUCAUGCUGGUAAAGGUUUAGGCCGCAACCCCACCAUAAAGAUCAGUCGUGCCACACGCGUCUCUGAGCAGUGGAACGCCUCGCUGGAUCGGGAAAUUACCAACGCCAAUGAGCUGCGGCACCUCGAUGAGUUUCUGGGUAACCAGGUGAAUGAUUUCCGCUCCAGGGGGAAGUCGCUUUCAGCCACAGAAGCCAUCUUUGUCACAGCCACCAUGCAGUUCAGGGAGACUAUCAAAGCUAUGUAUUCCCUCCCAAAACCCACCAUUGGCUACAAAGGUCUGAUGACGGGCUACCAGAAGAAAGUAAUCCACCUCGCGGACGAUAAGCAGAAGGGAGAAGUCCAACUGGUGGUCAAUCUAUUCCAAUCGGUUCUGGAUGGUUUCAUCAGAGGAGAGAUGAAGAAGGAGGAGGCUGAGCCAGCAAAGCCUGCUAAAGUGAGGAAGAAGAGGAGGAAAAAAGAUAAAAGUAUGGAGAGCCCACUCGAUCAUGUUUUCGUCAACUAUCAGGUCAACAUUGUGCAGUCAUGUGACCAGUGUAGUUAUUACAUAUGGGGCAUGGAGAAGGCCUACAUGUGCAGCUAUUGUAAAAUGGUGUGUCACAAGAAAUGCCUCUGCAAAAUAGUCACUGACUGCUCCACCUUCUGUGCCAAAAAGGGUGACGAGGAAUCUGGAGGGCUCCACUUUGGUGUGCGUGUGGGGAACCUGGUCAAUGAUAAGAACCCUGUGCCCAUGGUGCUGGAGAUGAUGCUGGAGCACGUGGAGAUGCAGGGCCUCUACACCGAGGGCAUCUACCGCAAGUCCGGCUCUGCCAAUCGCAUGAAGGAGCUGCACCAGCGGCUGGAGACCGACCCCCACCUGGUCUGCCUCGAAGACUACCCCAUCCACACAGUGACGGGCCUGGUGAAGCAGUGGUUGAGGGAGCUGCCGGAUCCACUCAUGACCUUUACCCAUUACAGCGAUUUCCUGCGUGCAGCGGAACUGCCAGAGAAGCAGGAGCAGCUUCUCGCUGUGUACAAAGAGCUGGAGGAGCUCCCAAUGGCAAACUACAGCACGUUGGAGAGACUGGUCUUCCACCUCGUCAGGGUUUGUAAAGAGGAGGCUCACAACCGCAUGUCUCCAAACUCAUUGGCCAUAGUUUUUGCCCCGUGCAUCUUGCGAUGCCCAGACAACGCCGACCCACUGCUUAGCAUGAAGGAUGUCGCCAAGACCACCACGUGCGUAGAGAUGAUCAUCAACGAGCAGAUCAGAAGGUACAACGAGAAGAUGGUGGAGAUCGAGCAGCUGGAGUACGCCGAGGCUCUGGCAGUUAACCAGCUCAAACUCAAGAGACAGAACACGCACUACUGGGAUUUACCUCUCAGGUUCUCAGCUCCUCACAAAGGAGUGGUGGUACACGAGAAGGGGAGUUCCGAUCUCAGCGUGGUCCCUGAGAACGAGCCUCUGGACUCAGACACUGAUGCAGAGAAGAACCUGAUGGAGCGCAUCAAGUCCAUUAAACAGGAGAAAGAGGAUCUGGCCUGCAGACUUCCAGAGAUGGAGCAGCCUGGUUCUGACCAGGAGAACCUGGACUCUGAGGCCUCGCAGAGCUCCGAGAGUCUUCUGGAAGAGCAGCAGCGCUCUUCUGUUCACUGCUCAGAGCCUGAAGGACCAGGCGCCCCCUCGCCGAGGAGACACAGGCCGGUUUGUCCACCCAAACCACCAGAGCUGGCCCAGCGAUCGCACGUCCCCGGUGGACCCGACUCUCGGCCGAAACUUAGCAGCGCUAGCUCCACGUCCUCCGUGUCCAGCUGCGUUUCUUCGCCCUCCCACUCCCCCACCGUCUCCAUCAGGCAGCUGCAGCAGCGCCGCAACCCCAUCAUCCCUGCCACAGUUAAGCUCCCGCACGGUGUCCUCUCCCAUGCAGCCUUCAAAGCAGCGCCGGAUUAUACCCCUCCCGAGUAUCGCGCCUCGAAGUUCUUGGCCAGGAGAAGAGAUCACCCAGGCCGCCGCAAAGACAGCACUCAGUCCCUGUACAUCGACAGCUCUGAGUCUGACCUGAUUUUUUCCUCCUGCCCUCCCUCGAUAUCCUCCUCCUCGAUGGUGACACCACCUCCCCAGCACCAGCACCACCACACUCAAGCCACCGAGGGCCAGAGACGAUUUUCUGACCCGGACAUCCCUUUUAUAGAUGAUGAUGAUGUCUGAGCAGGGCACAACAGAAAUGACAAGCAGUCUUAGUCUGGCCCCGGAUGACCUCGUAAGAAUCCAGAAUCACAGUAAACUCAAACGUGGCUGGAUGUGCUGAAGCCCACACAGGACCUGAGUGCUCCAAAAUCAAGACUGUUCCAUUCACUGUGAUCAGUGGGAACUAGUCAUGGAAAUGCAAAUGUGUCCGCUAUGAUAGUAAAAAUACCUGGACAUGAUGUUGCCAAGCACCUUUUCUAUCAUUUUAAUAUAUUGUGGUUACUGUUGAGUUGGGACAAAGGCUGUGUUCUCUGGAACAUCAUAAUGAUGGACCAGCAUUUUCUUUUUUUUUUUUUACACUUGUGCUAAUACGAGGAGAUAUUGCCGGUUCCAGUUGCACUUUUCCUGUCUUAGUUCUCUGAAUUGGCAAAACAUUCAUACUGAUAUGUUAGCUAGUGCCUUCGAAUUGUACAGUAAGUUGACAAAGAAACUCUUGUCAUGUCAUGGAUAGUGCUCACGGGAGGGAGGGUCUUUUGGGGUUAAGAGCGGGUCCCUUGUGUGAUUGUACUGAACCAACACGUGGCGCGUCUGAAACAAGCACGUUGACAUGCACAUUGGCACUGUUGUAUCGGUGCCUAGUCAGACUUGUUGCAAUGGUCAAUAUUAUCUUCCCACCUACAGGACAGCAAACCCCAGAUAGGAAUUCAUUGUCUCACAGAGCAACGGGAAAUGGGAGCCGCACACGCCACUUUUAUAGCAAAAACACAAACCCAGCCAUGAUGCGACAAACCGUGCCACAAUGUCUUUAAAGCUCAAAGUCCUUGAACUCACCUUGCCGCGUUUUCUAAAAUGAACUCAGCCGAAUCACACUUGCAAUUAAAAAUAAACAUGACAUACCUAAGGAACAGGUUGUGCUAAAGCACAACUUUGGCCCACUUAGUUUGAAACGUGAUACUAAUGUUCCUCCAUGACUGCUGUUGAGUGAUGUCUGUUAGUUUGUCUGAUUAUGAGGAAUAAUGUGUAAUGUGUAACAGAGUGUGUGGUUGGGACUGAAUGACGUGAACUGCAAUGGUUAUUAGUAUUAACAUGACAAUACAGAACGUGAUGCUUGUUACAUCUGCUGCUGUGUGUUAAUGAAAUUUCCUGCAAUGUG